AUGUUUAAAGUAAAUGCUGGUAAGAGAUUAAUAGACUUGUAUAUUGAUAAAGUUGUAACUGAUGUAAGUCCUGAAUUUACCUCAAUUGAGACCAUGGAGUUUGAUGAUAGGGAGUUUGAUGAUAGGACUUUUGAUGACAGUAAUGUGAAUGACAAUGAUGAUAGUAAUGUCAAUAACAAUAAUGACCCUAAUGUCAGAGACAAUGAGACCAAUGUAAAUGAGAACAAUGGAGGACAGCCUGAGGAUGAGUAUGAUUUGGAAGAUGAUAAUGAUGUAUUUGGGUUUAGUUUUGAAGAUGAGGAAUGGGAAAAUAAUGGGAAGGGUAAGAAUCCAGUUCACAAUGAUGAUGUGAAUAAGAAUGUGGAGGAAGAAAAGAACCAUAGUGAAGAUGGUAUGUCAGACUAUGAAUCAGGAGAUGAACCUGGUACUGAAUCUGAUAAUAACAUGUAUGUGGAAGAAGAAGAGUGUGAGAUAAAUGUUAAACAACAGAAAACUGAAACAGCAAGGGGUAGGUGCUAUGCAAGCUGUUUAAAGGGAAUUCCAUUUAAGAGAGGUGUGGAUGGAAGUAUUAAGUUAGAAGAAGGUCGUCUAUUUGUCAAUGUGAACCAUUUUAGGGAUAUUUUGGUUGAUUUUUGUGUCCAAGAGGGAUGUAAUAUAAAAAGAGUUAAAAAUGAGAAGCAAAGAGUCACUGUAAGAUGUGCAGUUGAGGGGUGUCCAUGGAGGGUACAUGCUUCCCAUUUUGUAGAUAGAGUAACUUAUCAAGUCAAGACAAUUAGAGGUCCACACAAUUGUGUGAGGAGUGGCACUGUGAGGGAUGCAACAUUCACAUGGAUUGCUAAAAAGCUUGGGCAGAGUAUAAAAGACAAUCCAGGGGUUCCACUUGAUGCAUUGCAUACAACAAUGAUGAGCCAAUUCAAAGUUGAUGCAAGACCCAUGCAACUAUAUAGAGCUAAAAGGAAAGUUAUGGAUGAGUUAGAUGGAAACCAUGGGGAAUCAUACACUUUGCUUCCUAAGUAUGCUAAUGAAAUUUUCAAAUCUAUUCCUGGUAGUAUCAUGAAGCUUGAGAGGGACUUGCCUACUAUGACAUUGAAAAGAAUUUUUAUGUCUUUAAAAGCUAUGCAAUCUGGAUUCAAGAAUGGUUGGAGGGGGUUCAUUGGAUUGGAUGGUUGUUACCUAAAGACCCCUUAUGGUGGUGUGCUCUUGUCUGCUAUAGUCCUUGAGGAAUAA